UUGUUUGUGUAGAGUUGUUUUUAACCAGCUUAAAAAUGAAGUUCAAGAUAGUCAAAGUGCAUGCUGUUGCAAAAUGGUGUUGGCAAGCAUCAGAUGACAAUUGUGGAAUAUGUCGUGAUCCGUUCGAAUGCUUUUGUUCUGAUUGUAAAGCACCGGGUGAUGAUUGCCCUAUUGUAUGGGGACAGUGUUCGCAUUGUUUUCACAUGCAUUGCAUACUGAAGUGGCUUCAAUCACAACAAGUCAAUCAACAGUGUCCAAUGUGCAGACAGGAUUGGGUUUUCAAAGAGUGAACUAUCAACUUGAAAAGCAUUGUGAAAAUGUAGCAAUCAACAGUGUCCAAUGUGCAGACAGGAUUUCAACUUGAGCAGCCCUGGAAAAAUGUGGCUAAGUGUCGUUGAGAAUAUCUGGUGGCAUCUUCUCAUUAUUUAGGUGUAUGCUGCUAUAUGUAGCCUCAUUAAUGUUAAAAAAAUGCACUAUUAGCCGAGUUCUUGGCAGGUAGUCGACGAAAUUGAGUUGAUGAUUAAGCAUUAAUUUGAUUAUGAUAUCAGUAACCACUUGUUAUGGAGAGGACUUUUUUUUCUGGUUGAAUGGAUACAAUUGAAUUACAAAUCUAAAGAGUUGGGACAAA